AUGGCUCCACAGAAGAAGAAAGGGAAAGCUCGUACUCCACUACUCAAGCCUCGUCCGCUGAAGCUUAAACAAGCCAAAUUACCGCAGUCAGAGCCACGUCAGCGAUAUCUUACGUCGUACGAGACCGAACUUGGGCUCCAGCCAGUACCCACUAUUAGUAACGAAGUUUUAGAAGCACAAUGCAAAUUUUGUACAGCCUUUGGAAGGGAAGAGAAGCCAGCUUCUUCGACCGGGCCUUUUGAUGUCCUGCUAGCGAAGGCAACACGUAAGAAGCCUGCAACUAAAAAGGUUUUCCGGUCUUUGAAAGAUAUGACCAAGUUUGGUCAGCUGAUUUUGCCUUACAAGAAAAGACUGAGAGUCCAAUACGGAAGUGGGGUGAUCAGCUGCAUUUGGAAGCAGGUCCGUAAGUUGCGUGAAACGUACGAGCUCAACCCGGACUUCAAGGCUUAUGUCGACAGGUCUUACACCAAAGGUGUAGUCGAAGCAUGGCGUAUUGUGAACGGUUCUGCAGAAACUCUCAUCACAAAGUGA